UCCAGGAGUCAAGAGAUGAGAUAUGAAAUGCUCGGUCAGUUUAUUCUUUGGUCAGCUCUGGCGUUCGGUUCUGCUGGUGGAGAUGAUAAUUAUUUUCACACACUUCUACGCCGACGCCGUUCCAAGCCCUAAAUCCUUGGCCCAGCUCUCACCUGAUGCUGAAGACUGCCCGAAGUGGGAAGAAAGUCCUUGGUGUCCUUGCUAUCAAUUUGAAGACGGUCUCUUUCUUGAAUGCCCAACUACAGGAAUCAAUGAAAUUCGGAUAACAUUAUCUCUUAUCAAUGUGCCCAUCAAAUCUCUAGGAAUUUACCACCUGGAUAAAAACAUAACCAUUUUUCCUCCUAAAGUGUUCAUUAAUGCUUCCAUAUCUCAUCUACUUAUGUCUUACACUAAUCUUGAACAUAUUGAUGAUCAAGCAUUCACUGGAUUAGAGGACAGCUUGGGCAGUUUAUCCAUCGUCAAUAGCAAGUUAAAAGAAGUUCCUCAGAAAGCCUUGAGUAAUCUGAAAGUGCUCACGUCUGUGGACUUUGAUUCAAAUGAUAUUCAUAAAGUGGAUAGUUAUGCUUUUUAUGGAGUGCCUCUGACAACAGUUAAUCUACAAGGUAAUAAAAUCGACACCUUAUCUGAAUAUGCUUUUGGUGGCCUUGAGAAUACAUUGCAAGAACUCAUUCUUAUCAACAACCGACUAAGCCGUUUCCCACUCAGUGCUCUGAGACGACUGAGGAAACUAAAAUCUCUUAGAUUAGUCAAGAAUUUCAUUGACGAUAUACUCGAUGACGGUUUUACAAGAUUUACAGAUUUAGAGACUCUAGAUCUGAACUCCAACAGACUGAAAGAACUGCAUGAUCGUAGUUUUGUGACAAUGCCUAGACUUACUGUACUAUCACUUCAAAUGAACAAACUGGUUAGCUUGGAUGACAGAGUAUUUAUCCACUUGAGGGAAUUAGAAAAUUUAGAUUUGAGUCACAAUCGUAUAGUUUUGCUCAAUCCCCGUGUUUUAAGCCCUCUGCACAAGCUCAGGACAAUUGAUUUGAGUUUUAAUCACCUUCAUUCUAUUGAAGGAGGGGUUUUUCAUAAUCUAACCCAACUGAGAGAAGUUUUUUUGUCAAAUAAUAAUAUAUUAAAAAUUACGAAUGAUACUUUGUACAAUAGCUCACAGAUUUCAGUUCUUUUUUUACCGAAUAACGCAAUUACUUCUAUCGAUAUCGGAUCAUUUCAGUCAUUGCAAAAUCUUUACCAGUUGCAAUUGUCCUUCAAUCAGCUUCGUGAAAUUCAUCCCAUGCUAUUCAAAAAUAAUCGGGAACUCCGCUCGUUAUCUAUGGAUAACAAUUUAAUAACUGAUAUUCAACCUGGAACGUUUCAAGAGUUGAUUGAACUUCGAGAUUUGCGACUCCAAAACAAUUUGCUCAAACGAAUAAGGAAAGGAAGUUUUUAUUCUUUACCAAACCUUCAGGAGUUGCAUCUACAAUUUAACCGCAUAGAAAUAAUAGAAAAGGAAGCCUUACAAAGUUUGGCAAACCUGCAGCAUUUAAAUAUACAAGGAAAUAAAUUGAUUGAAGUUGGUGAUAUACUCAGCAGAUACCCCUCCAGUUUGAGAUCGCUUCAAAUCAACCAUAAUGAAAUAACAGUCUUGCAUGAAAACAGCCUUAAAGGCUUGAACAAAAUGGAGAUAAUUUGGUUGGAUUGCAAUAAAAUUAAAAGACUUCAGAAGGAAAUUUUCCAAGAUCUAACAGAAGUUCAAAAGCUUUAUCUCAACCAUAAUGCUAUAUCAGUGAUAGAAGAUGGCACAUUUUCUGAAAUGAAGAGACUAGAGUAUUUAAAUUUAGAAUUCAAUAAUUUGAAUCAUCUGAAUGCCAAUGUCUUUGCGGGUGCUGUAGACCUAGAAGAAGUUUACUUGUCUCACAACAGAAUAAUGGAUAUCGAACCAUUAACAUUUCAAAACCUUCAGAAUUUGCGAAUAUUACAUUUGUCUGAAAAUCAAAUUUACGUUAUUCGUAAAUACAUGUUUGAAGGUGACAGUCUUCUAGAAGAACUGACGCUUUCUAAUGCUAUGAUUGAAAGCAUAGAAGAUAAUUCCUUUUCUCAUUUGACGAGCUUGGCAAAGCUUGAUCUCGGCAAAAAUCGUUUACUGGCUAUUAAAAUAACUUUCUUAAAUAAUUUACGGCAUUUGGAUUUAAGUUAUAAUAAUUUAACAGAUAGAGAUGGCAUAGAACUUCAAGGACUUAGUGGUUUGUCAUCUCUGAAUCUAGAUUAUAUUGGAGCCGACAAGGUGCAAGAAUAUUUGUUUGAGUCAUUAACUGACUUGCAUUCGCUGUACAUACGUGGUAAUGGCAUAAGGCAAUUGGAUUCAUCACUGUUCCAUAAUCUGCCUGCACUACGGGAAUUAUAUAUGGAUCAUAAUGAGCUUCCAACAAUUCCUAAAACUGCCGUUAAAAAACUAACAAAAUUAGAAGUAUUAUCUAUAGCUAAAAAUAAGCUUAAGAUUAUACCUAACAUGGCAUUUAGCGACAAUGUCAUUUUAAGGAAACUGAACUUAUCUGGUAACAGCAUCAACGUCAUCGAGAGGAAGGCAUUCCAUAACCUUUCAAAUUUAAUCGAUUUGGACCUGUCUGGAAACUCCUUAAGUACUCUUCCCUCGGGAAUUUUCGAAUCACUGAGUUCCAUGACAUCACUGAGAUUAGAUAAGAAUCUCUUCUCAUUUAUACCAAACUCCGUCCUCUUUUCGCCUAUGCCGAAUUUAAAACUGUUAUCAUUUGAUGAAAAUGCUUGCCUUCGUAUAAGAGAAGACAUGUCAUCUUUGGAAACAUCUCAUAAAAUUCAAAAUCUGAACAUCAGUCGUAGUAACAUAACUGUCAUCGCUUCUCAUGAUUUUCUGGUCUUUUCAGAACUGCUAUCUUUGUCUCUCCGAUCUAAUGCCAUCGCUAAAGUAUCGCCUGGAGCUUUCAAGCCCUUAACGCGUCUUCUCGUCCUUGAUCUUGGAUAUAAUGAAUUGGACAUUCUACCUGAAGAGAGGUUUUCUGGCUUAAUAAGCCUUCAGUCACUUAAUCUUACACACAACCACCUCUUGGAAUUUCCUUCUGUAAAAGAAGAUCUAAAGCAUUUGACAAAACUAGAUUUGUCAUAUAACAAACUUAUCAAAAUUGAUGGGGAUAAUUUUGACAGAAUGUUUAGUUUGAAAUCCCUCAAUCUACGAUUUAAUAAAUUAACAUGGAUUUCGCCGAGUGCUUUUGACAAUCUUUCAAGCCUUCUAGAGCUAGAUAUCAGUAACAACCAGAUUAAGCACUUUAGCAGCAAUGUAUUAAUUCCAGCUGAAGUUAGAAUGACGACACUUAAACUGUCAGGAAACCCAUUCCAUUGUGACUGUCUUAUGCUAACUCUCUGGGAAUGGCUGCAAGAGCAUGGAAGAUUCCUCCACCAAGAUGAAUUACCACUGGUUUGCGCACAUCCAGAAAAACUUCGGGAUCACUCUAUUCUCACUUUGCAUCCUUCAGACAUCUGCCCAUCACCUUUGAUUUCUGACCUCGAGGUACAAAGACUCGAUUCAGAUCAUCUGACUGUCGCUUGGGAGGUACAAAAUGGCACCCUGAUUGGUGGAUUUACUGUUACCUAUCACAUUACUACAUCUCGGUCACCUGUAGUGCUUGCGAACCUCCAGGCCACUGCCAGACACCAUGAUCUAGAAGACUUACUACCAGAAACAUGGUACACAGUCUGUGUAACUGCUACAGGAAAAUAUUUAAGAAUGUUUGCUAAUAAGCCAAUUCCUUAUGUGACAGAAAACGAAAGGACUAGCGAAGUGACAGCCAAUAAUAGAAAGUGCCUCCAAAUAAGAACACUGGCCAAAACAGACAAAUCAAAGAUUACUCUGUCUACCCUCGGAAUCAUAUUGGGUAGUAGCAUUAGUGCCGCGCUUGUUCUUACUCUAUCCAUCCUGCUUACAGCCUUAAAAUUCAGGCGCAGAAGGAGGAGGCCUGUCAAAAAUGACGUACCUCAAGAGUACAUCUCCUACCGGCACUUUUCAAUUCAGUCUUCUGAAGGAGUGUAUUCGUGAUUAUUUUCAGAUCACUGUAAGGAUAUGUAUAAUUAAAAGAGUGAAAGAAAAGUAUAUUAACUUCUGCUACAUGAAUAGCAAAAUUGAAUUUAUUUAGAAAGCAUAAUUCAGAGAAGUUUUAUGGUACUGCAUUAAACUGAAGAUUAUACUGAUAAAUCAGCGAAUGUUUGUCUUCCUGCAAUUAAUGAGUCCCCAUAUUUAAAUUAUUUUAUUGUUUUACCUUUGGCAGAAAUUAUUAUUUUUUCAUUGUUACCACCGCUUUAAUUAGCUAGUAUUUGCAAAAUUAUUUACCCAAUUACUUAACAAUUUUUUACCCAAUUGCUUAACAAUGAUAAGUUAAUUACCUAGUUAUAAUUUAUUGUACUGCAUAUAUAAACUUAAUAUUUAUUACUAUAUAUAAAAAUAUUUUUAAUUGCUUUAAGCUUAAUUUUGUAAUUCUGAGACUUCGGUUUUUAUAAAUUUUGAAUAUGACAUUCUUCUGGAUAUUCGGAACUUGUUAAUUUUCAGCGCGUACAUAUACUAUAUGUAUAACCUGACAGCCAUAUCAUUACCCAAGAUAAAUAAUUUCUACCUUUUUCCUGUUUACAGAAACUCUGUGGUACGUAAUAUGAUAUUAUGAUAUCUGUAUAAAAGCAAUAUGUAUGGAGUAUUAUUUUGGCAUACUGUGUGGCAAUAAUUGAUACAUGUUUCUGCAGAAGAUAAGGCUAAAUAAAAUGUAUAUGAUUGUUAUCUUCUAAUUAGAAAAUCAUGGAUAAUAGUACUGCACUGAGUGAAAGUGCUUAAAAAAGAAAUAAUAGUAUUCAAAAUUUAUUUCAUUUAAAAGAUUAUAAUAAAACUCUUAAACAUUAAUCAAAAUAUGAAAAUAUCCAAAGGAAAUAAAUAUCCUGAAAUCUUUGGCAUAUGUAGAUUAUAUCCCACAUAAAGGAUUUAUAUGCUCAAUAAGGACCGUAUUUACUGAAAUAAAUAAUUUUUUAAAAUCGGUAUAAUGAGACAAUAUGUCAAAUCACUAAUUUUAUUAUCUACGAUAUAGUACGAGCAGUACAUCUGAAGCUCGAGCAGAAUAUCACUUCGAUGAUUAGGCACACCUUACAUAUGAACAUGAAUUUCAUCAACGAUUGCAAGGAAUCUUUAUAAAUGUUUAAUAACAUGAAAAAAUGACUUUAUCUUUGAGUUUUUGAGACUAAAUCGUUGAAGUGCCGGCAAGUUAAUGUAUUCUUCAAUUAUAUUUACUUUAGUUUCCUGGAAUAUAUUUCUUUAAGCCAAUGAAGCAAUUUGGAAGAAAAUACCUUUACUUGUAGCUGUUCGGAGACAUUUCUAAUUAACAGGACCAAUCAUUAGCAUAAUUUGUUAGCUUGUGAGAACGUGACGUGUGAGAAGGAAGGAACAGAACUCUGCUGAGGAAUCACGGAGCAUGCUAAUCUUCCGAACACGGAGAAAUCACGAGGACAGUUACAAGGAUUUAACUCCGUUUGAUGAAUGACUCGACUGCUACCAAUGCCUCUCAGAUGUGGUAUGGUUUAAAUAAUGAUACCUGUUCGCUGACAUAUGAUCUACGCAUGCAAACAUUCAGACAGUUACAUUUGUCAACAAGAUUCAUAGUUCUAAACCACAGAUCUCUGAUACGAGAGGCGUCAUCCAAACCCUGUGCUUGUUUCGUACUUCAGGGACCUCAUCUAGGACCAAGUGUAGAAACAGCUGAACUUAACAGUUGAGAGUCAACCCAUCUAUCUAAUCAAAAGUGAUGGCAAACUUUCUUAUGACUUUAACUGGAUAGCAAUUUGCUAAUAUUUCGCGUAUAUCUGUAUAAAUGUGUUUUUAAAGUGUAGUUACGAUGAUUUUUUAAAAGAAACAUAACUUUUCAUUGGAAUAUUUGCUCUGUUGACUUGAUAUCGUGUGAUAUAUAAAGGUGCCAAAGUCUGUGAAAGAAUCUUUAAGUCCAACGUGAAAGUUAUAAGUAUGUGAAGAUUAAGAAGAAUUACCAAGGAAUAGCGUAAAAGUGGUAACAGUAAAUUCUACGUCAUUCAGCUGCACUACCUGGAAGGCAAUAAAUGGAUUUUCCGAAUCUCCAACCAGAGAAAGAGAACUGAAUAAAGCAGAUUGAAUAAAUAGAGAAAGUAUAUAAGAACAAGUGAGGAAAUAAUUUCAUUUGCCACAUUGAGACAGAGUUAAAUCACAUUUCUUCCGGAGGUUUAAAGAAAAGCGGGAAAAUUGCUGCUGCCUCACGGUAACUUCAUUCUCCGAUGCGGAGAAAUCAAGACUUUUUUUUUUUUUUUUUUUUUUGUGCGCUGCAAUGACGAAUACCCAAGCGAAGGACUUUAAUCUUAUGAUUGAAGAAAAGAAUGACAUGAAAUUUGUUUGUUUACAAAAGUUAAUACGGUAACCCAAGAAAAUGUACUUGAAAACUGAAUAAAAUAUUGGAAGUUUUUA